AUUGGCUACAUACAAUUUCCUUGUGUGCUUCACUGCUUCGUUUUCUAUAUACUCCUUUAAAGAAAAUAACUUUUUAAGUUUCAGCUUCUGAAGAGAGAUCUUCAGUAUGGCCGGAGGGGGAUUUGCGGCGGCUUCGGCGAACGGAGUGGAGUUUGAGGCAAAGAUAACUCCUAUAGUUAUCAUCUCUUGCAUCAUGACUGCUACCGGAGGCCUCAUGUUCGGCUACGACAUUGGUGUCACCGGCGGGGUGACAACAAUGCCGGACUUUCUCGAAAAGUUUUUUCCGGUGGUUCACAGACGAGUAGAAGCCGGCGUAGGCAAAAACAAUUACUAUUGCAAAUACGACAACCAAGGGUUACAACUUUACAAAUCAUCUCUAUACUUAGCCGGUCUAACCGCAACGCUUUUCGCUUCAUACACGACGAGGAAGCUCGGACGGAGGCCAACGAUGCUCAUAGCCGGUGUUCUCUUCAUCGUCGGUGUGACUCUCAACGCGGGGGCUAAAGACCUAGACAUGCUUAUUGCUGGCCGGAUAUUGCUUGGUUGUGGAGUUGGGUUCGGUAAUCAAGCUGUUCCAUUGUUCUUGUCGGAGAUUGCACCUACUAGGAUCCGUGGUGGUCUUAAUAUUCUCUUUCAGCUUAACAUCACUUUUGGUAUCCUCUUCGCCAAUCUUGUCAACUAUGGAACUGCCAAGAUUAAAGGAUGGGGAUGGAGGUUAUCGUUAGGUAUGGCAGGAGUUCCUGCGCUUCUCCUAACGGUUGGAGCUUUUUUGGUGACCGAAACGCCGAACAGUUUAGUCGAAAGAGGUCGCCUCGAUGAAGGUAAAGCCGUUCUCCGUAGUAUUCGAGGUACCCAUUAUGUCGAACCAGAGUUUGCUUAUCUACUCGAAGCUAGUCGACUUGCUAAAGAAGUUAAACACCCUUUCAGACACCUUUUCCAACGUAGAAACCGUCCUCAGCUUGUCGUUUCCCUGGCUUUACCGAUGUUCCAACAAUGUACUGGAAUCAAUGCGAUUAUGUUCUACGCUCCUGUUCUGUUCAGCACAUUAGGGUUUGGCAGUGACGCUUCUCUUUACUCUGCAGUGGUCACUGGAGCAGUCAACGUCCUGUCCACAUUAGUCUCAAUUUACUCCGUUGACAAAGUUGGUCGCCGGGUUCUAUUCCUAGAAGCUGGUGUCCAAAUGUUCCUCUCUCAAGUCGUUAUCGCCAUUGUCCUUGGUACCAAAGUUACUGACCACUCUACAAAUAUCUCCAGAGGUUUCGCAGUUCUAGUCGUGGUAAUGAUCUGCACUUAUGUUGCUGCUUUCGCCUGGUCUUGGGGACCGUUAGGGUGGUUGAUCCCGAGUGAGAUAUCCCCUCUAGGGACACGUUCCGCAGGACAAAGUGUGGCGGUCUGCGUUAACUUGCUCUUCACGUUUAUUGUCGCUCAAGCUUUUCUCUCGACGCUUUGCCAUUUAAAGUUUGGGAUAUUCAUCUUCUUUUCUGUGUGGGUUUUGGUUAUGUCAUUCUUUGUGACGUUUCUACUUCCUGAGACUUAGAACGUGCCUAUUGAGGAGAUGAGUGAGAGAGUGUGGAAGAAGCAUUGGUUCUGGGGUAGAUUUAUGGAUGAUCACAAUGAUCAAGUACUUGUGAGUGGUGAGAAGAGUAACGGUAAGACCAAAGUAGAAGCAGAAGAGAGUUAAAAAGAGGUGGUAAACAAACCAUAAAUAUAAAGAGGAAAAAUAAAGUUUUUAACUUUUCUACAGUGUGUUACCCAAACUGUGUUUGUCAAUAGGUAAAGUCUUUUUUGUUUGUUUUAUUGUGACAGUAAGUACUUGUUAAUGUUAUCGAUCGGCCUUGAGUUCCAUUUCCGACAAGUGUUC